GUUCAAAGCACUCACGAGUGUCAGCAAAACGACCAUAGAAGCGCAUAUCCCGACUCUCCCUUCACAUAACUGUACAACGUGGUAUUCAAGGGAAGGUUGGAGGCAGCCGAAUCAGAGCACCGACGUCUCAAAUGUCUUUGAUCCAGAAAAGCUGAACGAGAGGGCCUUUAGAUGCCACCCCACAGGAUCUCCGCGUGUCCCGUGGACCAAAGACAAUACACUUUCGAGCAGUUCCUCCUUUUCUCAAAGUAGCAAGGAACCCGAUGACGGUCUCAUUUUGGCGACGCGAAACUCGCCUGUCCUCAAUUCUGAACCUCAACAGUACAGAUUUGCUUGUGUUUCUUUUAGGGCAGCGACGCUGCGGUCAAAGAUUUCCUUGUCCGGGCGGCAAACGGGUUGAAGAUGGCAGUCGUCCUUCAGGUGUGGAGAAGAGAAUUUUCGAAAAGGCAGUAGCGAACGGCAACUUGAAUUCCCGAUUUGCCUUGAGACAGACGAGUCGCACCAGUGCACAAAAACGGAUAUUGUCGCUCCUUUAGUACGAAGCUUACACGCAUAUAUAUAUAUAUAUAUAUAUAUAGGUUGGGAAAAGUAGUAUAUACCAGCGCAAACAUAUAUACGUCUGUACAGAUAUAUCCAAACGUAUGCUCUGCGUGCAUUCACCUGACUUGUUUUCUGUUCGCACCAUGAAUGCCACACUCAAGCACUACGAAGACGCGCAGACUGCUUGGAAAAGUUUCUUCUCUUCCGUUCUUCUCCUCGUCACCUCCUCCUUCGUCGUUCUGUAGGAUGGGUCUGACCUGGAAUGCAUAAUGCUUAUUGACACCAUUGAGCAAAAGAUUACCAUCAAAUGCGAGGAAAAAGCACGAAUCAUAAGUUUCAGCGGAAUUAAAAAUAUUCUCUCAACUCCGACGCAGCUGAAGCGCGUCGAGACGAAAGCGGACUUAUCAAGCGAGACCAGCGUGGUUGGAGUCCAUCUUCUGAAAUCCGAGAGCUGCAUUCCGAUUAAACUAGCAAGUGCUGACGAAAAAACGAAUUUCAUCGCAGCAAUGAAGACAUUCGGCGUUCCGCCCCCGAGAUCAGAACAGAGAAAGUCCUCUCGCCCACGGGUCUGA